CUAAAUAUGAAUACCACAAACACCUCACAGACACUUGUUGGUUUAUCACCCCCUCCAAGGUUUGCAUUGAUUAGCAGAGAAAUAAACAUAAAUGGCAGAAGCGGUACUCAAAGACAAGAGAUGGUCGCUGAGUGGGAUGACUGCUCUUGUCACCGGAGCAACCAGAGGCAUCGGACAUGCCAUAGUGGAAGAAUUGGCAGAAUUUGGAGCAGCUGUGCAUAUAUGUUCACGUAACCAAGCAGACAUCGAUAUGUGUUUGAAAGAAUGGAAAAGCAAAGGAUUUAGUGUUACUGGAUCAGUCUGUGAUGUGCAGUCUCGCGACCAACGUCAAAAUUUAAUGGAAACUGUUGGUGUCGUUUUUCAUGGAAAGCUCAACAUCCUCAUAAACAAUGCCGGGACAAGUGAUGUUAAGGAAAGCCUGGAUAACAAAGCUGAAGAUAUAUCAACUAUGAUGAGCACCAAUUUUGAGGCUACUUACCAUUUAAGCCAACUAGCACACCCUCUUCUAAAAGCAUCAGGAGAUGGUGCUAUUGUAAAUAUCUCCUCCAUUUCCAGUGCCAAAGUGCUGCCUCUUGUUUCAGCCUAUGCAGCUUCCAAAGGAGCCAUAAAUCAAAUCACCAAGUACAUGGCAAAGGAAUGGGCCAAAGAUAAUAUUCGUGUCAACGCAAUAGCAGCUGGAACUGUGAUGACCGUACUUUUAGAGUUUUGCAUGGAAAAAUCACCAAUGGGAGAAAAUGCAGCAAAUGCUUUUGCGUCCCAAAUUCCUGCUGGCCGAAUAGGAGAGCCUAAAGAGAUUUCAGGAAUGGCUGCUUUUCUUUGCCUUCCUGCUGCCUCAUAUAUCACUGGACAAGUUAUAUGUGUAGAUGGAGGUUUCACUCUUUAAGUAGUUUAGCCUCAUUUGUAGUUGCUUCAAGUCAGCCAGAAACUCCUACCACAUAUCAUAUGUAGGAGCUGGCCAUGCUCAGUCAAGUUCACAUUAGAAAGCUGCUGUUUUGUUAUGUUGACAGCGUUUGAAUUUAUAUUUCUUCAGUAAUGACUUUAGUAUCCAGACCUCUUCUUUGUUUAAUGAAAAUGUAUAGCCCUAAUAUCCUUAUUCACAUG